UUUAUUCUGAAUGCCUGUGAUAUCGUAAGGCACUAUCUGCAAGCGGGGAACCAAGUUAGCUAUCGUAAGAUAAUAUUUUACCUGGAAGUAAAUGCAUUGUGAGCUAUACUAAUACGAAAGUAGAUUAAUAUUUGUAUAUCCACAGCGGAUAAAGUGUUAUGGAAGAUUUAAACCUGUUCUCUUUUUUUAAAAAAAUAAAGAGAAUACGAGAAUCGUAGACACAAGAAAACUAUGGCUACCUGAGGAAUUGACGAUACACUUUUAGAAAGUGGUAGUGACGCCGUCGGUGAAAAGAUCGGGAGCAAGUGUGAGCCAUGUCGUCGGCGGGACAGGUCAGAGGUAGCUUCGUUGUUCUGUAAUACAUGCAAGGUAUAUCUAUGCGAUGACUGCUAUGAUGUACACAAGGUGCAUAUGACAAAGGUAGAUGACCAUGAUAUCGUGGCUGCCCAUGAAGCCUGUGUCAAGCCAGAUGUCGAUAUGAAGGGACUGGGUCAGUGCUUAGAACACAAACGAGUAUUUAUGUUCUUCUGUAAAUACCAUAGCGAUUUAUGCUGUGAGAUAUGUGCAAUUGCUCACCAUCGAAAAUGCGACCAUGUUCACGAAAUAGCAAAGGUGGCUAAGAAUGUUAAAAAUAAUGAAAGGGAAAACAUACGUGCAUCCAUUAUUAUUGCCGCAGAAGUUAUAAUGAAAUGCAAGAAGGAUCAAUUGAACAACGUUUCGCGAGUGGAAGAAAUCGUAAAAGAAAUUGAUAUUUACAAGGAAGACUUAUUAAUAAAAAUUGAGGAAGCCAAGGCGCGAAUUGUCAGCGAAAUGACUAACCAUAACACACAGGAAGACGAACGUCUAAAUACGAGGAGAGAUGCGGCUGAAAACCUGAAGAAAGAACUCCACACGCACUUGGCAAUGUCAGAUAGCGUUCGCGAGAAUGGAACGGAAAAGGAAGUAUUCAUACUAAACCAUAUUCUCAAAAGGACGCAAGCCAAGGCAUCACAGACGCUAAACACUUUGUUGAAGAAUGAUUACACUGUCAAAGUGGGAUUGAAAAUCAACGAAAAUAUUUUGAAAAUAAAAACUACUGACGCCGCAGUAUUCUCAUUAAAUAAAACACAACUUAAGACACAAGAGCCAAAAACACAACCAGUGUUUCGUCUGGAUCUGAUGAAGAUCAUCGACAUCAUGAAGACAGGGGACGACAAGGAGGAGCCGUUUGUUACUGGUCUGGACUUCCUGUCGGAUGGGAGGAUAGACGCUGUGGAUAACAACAACUGGAAAUGUUUUAUCUUGAGUGACGCACUGAAGAGGUUCGAUACAUUUUAUAAAUUUAAGACAAAAUCUAGGGACAUAUCUGCGUACUCUGAUAAGAAAAUUGCAGUAACCGUCAGUUACGGAGAUAUUCGAACCAUCUGUCUGCUGACAGUGGACAGUGACAACACGAUCUCGCUAGUGAAGACGCUAAAAACGUCUACCUACAGCUUCUCCAUCUGUCCCCUGGACGACCAAACGUUCGUAGUGAGCACUUAUGACGACCCGCGGCCUGCCAGGAUGAUUGACGUGGACGGCAAGGAGAGCGACUUUGACAACGUGAAGUUACCAGGCAAGACGUACAAGCGUGAUGAAAGUGUAUGUACCUAUAUACCAUCCCGGGAUUCCCUUGUCCUUACUGACAGGUAUGCCAACACAGUUUACAUGUAUAACACAGUUACUGGAAAGAGCAGUGAAUUAAAGGAUGGCCGGAUAUACGAGAACCGAGAGGCGCCUGUGUUGGCUUCAAUGGAUCCGUGUUUGUCUGCAGUAUGAAGACAAACUCCGUUAUCCAGAUAUCGCCCGACGGGGACAUAUUGGCGUCAUGUGACGUCGACAGGUGGUAUCCGAUCGCUGUUGCCGUCUCCAGGGAUGGCUUGAGAAUGGCCGUGACCAAUUGUGUAUUUGGCGUGAGACAACUGAAACUGUUUAAUAUAAUACAAUAAAAGUGUAUUUUUCAAGAUCAGAGAUAAAUAAAGGUGUAUUUUAUGAUUUAUUAUGAAAGUAAAUAUAACAUUCUGUUUGAACAUUAUUGAUUUUUUUGAAUAUUUUGUAAAUAAGAGUCUUGUAGUUAUACCUAUGUAUAUGUAUUCUAUGUAUUUUUAAAACAAUGACCAUUAUUUUUCUUGUAGUUAUAUAAUAAUAAAAUAAUUAUGUUUCUAAAUAUAAUUGAUUGAAAAAUGAUGAAACUCCCCAAAGACAGAAAAUCAUACUUAGAUACGAACACAUUUCCUAAGAUUCUUUAUGAAAUGCUUUCCAGAGAAUUGUAUAUACUGAAGCGUAAGAAAAACUUUAACGAACAAAUUCAUGGCCUCAAUAUAAAUAAAUAUUAUUAAACUGUGGUGCAUUAUUGUAUUUCAUGUAUACAUAUACUAUCAGUUUUAAGGUGCGAGUCGAUCAGGAUGUUGCUACUAAAAUUAUAUUAAACUCGCGCUUCGCGUUCGUGUAUCAUUUCAGUCACUAUGGUAGUGGGUGCAUUACUGAUAACUGAAUUCCAGGUUAAUACGUUAAUAAUAAUAAUGAGCUGUCGAGGAAUUAAUUUUAUGUUAUUCAUUUAACAAUUUGCAAAGCGCACUAUCCUAUGCGUACAGUAUAUAAAUGAUAGACUCUUAAUUUAUAGCUUGUGAUUUAACUAUUUUAAUUCCCUGAUUUUCUGCUGAUAAGCCCCUUAUUUUACUCCUGAAUUCGAAUGCUGUAAAGUCCCUCGCCAGUAAAGUUGUUCAUGCUUCACGAUUUUAUUAUUCCUUGCUCUUAUAUAAAAAGGAUGUUUAAUUGAAUUAUAGUCACUGGGUUUAACAUCAUUGCUUGUGAGAUGUAUAUGGAUUGAUUUAGUUUACCUAAGAAUAAUGAAAUGUCUAUUUGCUUUGAUUAAUAUUGAAGUUUUUGAAAUAAAA